UAGGCUCACUCAGUUAGCCGCGGCUCGCCACGCCGGUCGCCGGGCGUCGCUCGAACUCUGUGUGAACGUGACCUGUGACCAAACAGUGCUUGUGUGUGUUAAAAUACGGAAAACUAACACAUGUCAGACGUUGGAUGGUGAUUUGUCAAUAAUCGGUACAGAACCAGUAGUGAUUGAUAUGUGCUAGUGCUGUGACGUGUUGAAGUUCUAGUUUAUGAUGUGAACAGUUGUCAGUGAGUGACUAUGCCGUCUGACAGUGGCUCCACUUGGUCGCCGCCGGCCUCCAACAGCGAGAGGAGAUUGAGUAACUCUUCAGAUGGCAGCGCCGGCAGUGGAUAUUCUAAGGCUACAACAGACAGCGCUGACUUCCUCACAACACGGCCGCACACAGCAGCGGUGUUGCCGGGGAAGCCGGCGACGAACCCGCUGCAGUUCGUGCGGGUCGCGCCCGCCGACCUGGGCAGCCGCGCCCGCGAGCAGCUGCGGCGGGCCGAGCUAGCCAAGCGGACAGAGCCCGCGCGGGUGGAGCGCCAGGAGGAGUGGCAGUCAAAUCUGGACAACUGGAAAUCUUCGCGGCGGAAGCGAGUGGAACAUAUCAUAGAGCGGUGCGUGGAAGUGAGACGGAUGGAGAACGAGCCCAGCCAGCCGCGGGCCAAGUCCAAAACAUUCAACGAAAUGCUGGAAGAACGAGCGGGGAGACGACGGGUGCCCCUCCCGCUGUACGCAGAGGACGAUGGGCACGAUCUCAGCGACCUCGGCAUCGGCACCUCAAGCACCAAGAGCAGCCUCAGCGAAGACUGCGACACACACAGCUUAGCUAGCGAUGGAAUGGACUUAGACAAGAACCAUUCAGACGUCGACAACUUGUCGAACUGCGAUAACCGCAAGCUGGGCUCCAGCGCCAACGAAUACGACACCUGCACGACCUUGACUAUCAGCUCCCCUGAACCUGAGGAGUACACUUAUGAAGGAGCUAUCGAGGGCUACAAGUCACGAAUAAUCUCCCAAACCAACAGCACUAUUGUCAAAACUGUCGUUAAUAAUUCCAAAGAAAAGUCCCCAGAUAAAAUCAACGGUGACCUAAACAGAAUCAGAACGUCAGUCAGUAACAAAAUAGAGGAAAAAGUUUCCGCGUUCCAAAGGGACAGAGCUGACGAACGAAAUAAUAACCAGAAGAAAGACCUACCUAAGGUAGAUAUACACAAACGAAGAGAACAGUUCGAAAGAGAAAAUUCACAAGAGUCACAAAAUAAACCAAAAUUACCUGAUAUUGCAAAUAAAAAGUCAAUUAAGGAAAGACUUUCCAGUUUAGAGAGGUUCACGGAAGAAACACAUAUUCAAAAAUCUACGAGCGACCUGAACAAGUUACCUACAGAAGUGAAACCACUAAAAGAGAGGCUUUUUAACCUCGAAAAGGUCAAGUCUGCAUCUACAGAACCUGAUAAGGCUAAAAGACUUUCAAAUGGAGACCUCGGUAAUGCAAAGUCUUUGAAAGAGCGUCUCUCAAGUUUCAAAUCACAAACAUCAGAAGAGGAAAAGAUUAACAAAACUGAGGUAAAAGAAGUCUCUAUGAGUCUUAAAGAGCGCCUUUCAUGUUUAGAUGCAGCGAAAAACAAGGAAAUACCUAAGAUAUUGGUAGAAGAACAGAUGAUGGUUACGGAAAAACCAGUAGCCAAAGAAGAGGAUUUUAACGAUAAUCUCAUGGAGAACUCAUUAAAAGCCAGUUUGACAGGAAUAGAAAAUCAAAUGCAGAGUUUCUGUCGUUCUCUUGACAGUUUAGACAUUAAUGGUCAAACAUCACCCAGCUCUUUUGAAAGAGUUCAAAGUUUCGAAGAUUUUGAUUGCGCUGACAUGCAGAACAACACUGCCCAGAGUGAUAUUGAAACUGAAGAUAGUGGAAUUCACACCGCACGAGACUCUGCUCCGGCAGAUGAUAUCGCAGACUUAACACAAGUAGCUUCUCCAAUAGGAGAGCCGAUGGUUGAAAUAUCCGAAUAUGAGUCCUCUAAUGAAGAUGGCGCGAUAGCAUUGGAGCCAAUCAAAAUUGAAGAACCUAUGGAAAUAGUGUCUCCACCCAUACAAUCGAUACCAGAAGACAUUGUUAUUGAAGAAAUUGCACAAGAGGAAGCUCAGGAUAUCAGCAAAGCGGAUUCUGAUAGCGCAAGUAACUAUCUUCAAGCGGUAUCACAACCAGAGGAACUUAGCGUUACUGAAGAAGUGACGGAAAUUCAGAUGGAUAAGGAAGAUGAAGAUACGCUUAAGAGUUUGGAUAAUCAGGAUACUAGUGUAAGUUUGAAUGAGCCGGCCUCCACGGGCUCGGAGGGUGAUACGGUGGUGUUCGAGGGCAAGAUGACUAUUCACCUCAACUUAAACGAAUUAUGUAACAACAAAAACACUGGUGUUGGAUACAAUACUAACCUUAAGGAAACUAGCACUACUAAUGAACCUACUAACCGCAAGAGCAUGCCAAUGGUAAUCGAUGCAUUGGAACUGGCCUUCCAAGAGCUGGACUCUGAAGACAGUUGUGUCAACAACAGCACCAUGGAUGACUCAGUAAAAGAACCAAAACAUACAGAAGCUAAGACAGAUGAUGUCAUUGACUUUACGGAGAAGACAGUUACGCCUCUGUAUGAGAACAUGGAUAUGUUCUUCCAAAACUCGGUAGAUGACGUAGCAGCUUUCCCACUAGAUUUGCCUACCAAUGUUAUGGAACCUCCAAAAGAAAAGCCACCUCCGCCUCCUACAGAAGAUGACGAACUUCUUGGCAAUGGUAACUUCAAACACACAAGUUCUGCGCGUAGAAUAAAGAAGGAAAUCCGCAACAAACGCACCAGCUUCCUUGGUAUCGAAGGCCAAGUCGACGACUACCUCGACGCUGACCUCUCCGCACCUCGGCCCGACAUCACCUCCUUCCUUCAAGAGGAGACGAAGAUCGAGAAACUUCUGUACAAGCGAACACUGUCUCAUGACAAUGCCAAGUUAAGAGACAGUAGAGAUUCCGGAGUGGAUGUGGAUCGAGGACCGUCGGCUGAAGCGUGGUACAAGCAGUCAUCGCCGGAGACGUCGAAUCCUCAUAGCAGACAGAACAGUGAGCCAUACACUCACGUGACGGUAACAUCAGACGAAGAAGAAACUUCAAAGAAAUCUGACAAUUUCGCUUCAAACUUGACCUCCAAACUGACGGACCUGGCGCAACCUGACAUCGACAGUCUCGACAAGAAGCUACAGGAACAACAGGGACGCACUAACGAGGAUUGGCCUGACGGGCACGACGAUGCUCACACAAAGGAGGUUCUGCGUUUUGAGCGAGAACUUUUGCAAUUGGAACAAGAAGAGUUAAGAAGACAGCGAGAUAAUUUAAUGAGGGAUCAGACAAGGAUCAUCCAGAAGUCGGUUCAGGAUGUAUCCGAGAAACCACCUCUAAGGAAGGCUGCUAGUGAAAAUCAUCGACACUCAAUGCCCAACUUACUAGUAAAUGAGCCCUAUAUUCCUGUGGAGCCUCAGGCAGAAGUGAAAUACGAUGAGAGUAUAAAACGGAAGCCAUUUGUGUCGGAAGAGCAUAUACAGAGGCAUUUUGGUGUGGAAGAGAGUCGGAAGGUGUUGUAUGAAGACAGCAAGGAAGAUGUAAGAAGACGGCCGCCGCAGCCUGUCCUACCGCCGAAACCAAGGAGUCGGGAGUCCAUUGAAAGAGAGAUUACUAUGAGGAGUAGCAGAGUGCCGUCAGCGGUGGAAUAUGCCAACGUGGAGCGCACGGCGCAUGUGCAGCUACGGUGUAAACCUGCGCCGGCGCCUGCUCCGGUGAUGCCUAAUGGCAACUACCAUCCUAUGACUCGACAUACCUUACAGGCACUAAGCGCAGCUCCAACGCCGAAGCUGAUCUCCGGAAAUGAAUGGCUGGCGCAGCGUGCGCGCAAACCCGCGGGAUACAACUACAACCAGCAUUGGCUCAUACAGGAGGCAGAACAGAGGCGUAUAGACGAGCAACGAAGCAAGCUGCGCGCCGCGCAGAGGCAUUCCUACCAUCAGGACAUGCCAGCCUCGGCGCUGCUCAACAUGCAUCACAUUAGCACAAGCCAACAACAUUUGCCGCAAGAAUACAAGCGUCUAAUACGCGCCGAUACGGACCGCCCGACCGUGCCCCCUCCCAUCCGGCCCGAACCUCCGCUCAGAACCACCUCCUCCCCGAGGGAGUUGCGGGAACUCAGACCAGACAUCAGAGAACAAUCCCGAACGCAGACCUCGCCUAACACCAAGAUCUCGCCUAGGAUAGAAAGCUUGGAGAAGAGAGAAGCGAAGAGUGACCCGAGAGAAGAUAAGCUCCUGAGCGUGAGCGGGAGGAGAAAGUGCUCGCAUUGUGGAGAGGAAUUAGGUCGCGGGGCCGCCAUGAUAAUAGAGUCGCUGUCGCUGUGCUACCACGUGUGGUGCUUCACUUGCGCGGUGUGCGGCGCGGCGCUGGGCGACGGCCGCGCCGGCGCCGACGUGCGCGUGCGCGCGCGCCGCCUGCACUGCCACCACUGCUACAGCGGCGACGACGGCCGCAAGUACAGCGCGGUCUAGUAGCGCUCCACUAAAGUGUCAUUCUAUGAAACUUACUAUGUAAACAAACCGCCAUGUUGAAAUCAUCAUUCAGUGUCAGUUUCAAUAUGGCGGUUUGUUUACAUAGCAACUUCCAUAGAGUGACACUUUACAGUAGCUUACAGUGUACGCGAUCGAUGUGUGCAGAGGACUAUAAUAAUUCUACAAAUUUGUUUGAAUUUUGACCUUGACUGCACUUUCUCAAUUUAUUGGUUCAUCUACAGACUGCUCUUUAAAGUGCUUAAGGUAUGAACAGACAAAUCCCCAUGGCGCGAUAAUUCGCCCGAUGAUACAAUAUGUAAAUGUAUAUUCGUCGUGUGACCGAAUCACGUGAUUUUGUUUGUUUUAAUUAUCUAAGUGCCUAAAAACAGACAGUAAAUAUCCAAAUAUGUAAAUUAACGUUCGCCUUCAAAAUAAAAAUGUACCUGAGCUUAUUGUAGUCAUAUUAAAAUCUUCGUUGUUAUUGCCUUCAACUUGCAGUUUUUUGUAAGAGCUGUACUAACUAAGGAUGAAAGAAACUGACGAAGAUUAAAAAGAUUAUGACGAUUUAGGUACGAUUUAAGUUCAAGGGCUUGAAAUAAUAUAGCCAUGAAAAAGUUUAUUGUAAAGCUGCACCAUUCAAGUUUGCAACUAUACUGUAUAGAAAUAUACGGUCCUCAGUUUGAUUUGCGGCUACUAUACAUGAGCGGCAACCUUGAAUUGUGUAACUAUUUUUAUAUGGAAUGUAAGUAGCAGGAACAUAUGGCACAGCGACAACGGCUUCGGCAGCCUGUCGCUGUUUGUCGGUUUUUCUGUUCGUACUCAUCUCCAAAACGUCUCGGCGACUCAGCUAGCUUCUGAGUCCGCUAUGCACGCUUUUGUAUUUUAACCGUAUUUUAUUACACAAUGCAAUUCUAUUAGGUUUGGUUUGUUAUGAUCUUGUAAUAAAUCUUAAUGCAAAUAUGAUUUAGAGAAAUGUAUUUUGUGAUUGUUGAAUUCGUGAGUUUAGUCUUCAUAUAUGAUGUCAAUCACUAAUUCAUUUUUAUCUGCAAAGUAUUGUAGGAUUAUAAUUUUAGAUUUCAAAGGUUAAAGGUGUUCCGUCAUGUGGUCAUGUCGUAGACAGUAAGCAUGCUGAGAGAAAACAGCCUGAGGUAGGUGAUUCGCAUUAUUGCAAGAAAUAAAGCACUCUUCAAAAAGAGGCAAAUAGCAUACCCACAGCAAUAAACGAUCAUCUUGGCAGCUUUGUAAUUUUGCACUUUUUUCGUUUCCGACUUUUUGUGCCAUGUCAAGUUUUUUUUAUAUUUUUCUUUUGAUUAUAGCAAGAAAGUAACACUUUUACGUUAUUAAUAAACACUGAUCAUGAGUAGGGUUGCACAUAAUAUAUCGAGUUAUUUCAUUUUAAAUGGCACUAUUGUCCUGCGAAGGAGGCCUAGAUGUAGAUAUGCCUUUUUACACAAUGCAUUAUUGUUAAAAAGAACAACAAAGUAAAUUGUAAUAUUUUGUAAAUAGAUUUAAUUUAUGUCGUAGAAUAUGUUACAGGUUAGCUUUAAUAGGUAGUAUUUUAGUGUAAAAGAGACAUUUAAUCCAAAUAUGUGUAUGAUUUAAUAUUUUGUAUAGUAAAAUCUAUAAUGAUUAUUUUGUACUUCUCCAAGUCUUCACGUCUAAUUUUGAUUUUGUUUUGAACUAUACCUACUCUUCGAAUAUUGUUCAGGUUAUUAGACUUUUCCACUCUAAUGCGUAUAUUUUUAAUAAGUAUAUGAUGGUGAGAAGCUCCAACUCCAAACUAUGUAAUAAUAAAUAUUUCUGGUUUAA